GAAUGUCAAAGAUGGCGCUCCUCAUGUAACGGUGAAUUCUCCUUAAGUACUUGGAGCGAAAGAAGCAUGUCGGAAUAUUUUUGAGGACAUAACCACGUAACAACACCUUGACUGGACUUUUGUUUUAGUUCGUGAGGGAGAACAGCUGAGGAGGAGAUGGCUCAGAGAGGAAUUAGUCGCAGUUUGCGGCUGUUGUUCGGUCAAACUCAACGAUGUCCUCCAGUUGUGGCUGCAACCACUGCUCGGUGUAGGAGUCAGGCAGCGUCCCAGCCGGAGCCCAGCGCGGAUGAAAAUGAAGCCGUGAACCCGACCUUUGAGAACAGAAACCCCCGGAACCUGGAGCAGAUGGCCCUGGCUGUAAAGGACCGGGGCUGGAAGACCAACUGGCCCCACCGGGAGUUCCACCACAGGUUGAUGUUUUCUCGCAGCCAACACCAUGUGACAGCACAGGUGUUCUCCAGCACCUCUCCUAUCCCAGUGCUUUCUUGUUCAACCAAAGAGUGGGCGCUGAAGAAGGAGCUGUAUUCCACAAACUGUGUGGCAGCAUGUCAGGCUGUAGGUGACGUGCUGGCACAUCGAUGCCGGCAGGCUGGCAUCACCAGGAUGGUGUACAGGGAGAUUCCCUGGACGUACCGCUCCGAUUCAAUUCAGGCUUUCAGGACUGCAAUGAAAGACGGAGGAGUCAUCUUGAGUGAACCCAGAAGAAAAUAUGUUGGGACAUGAAUAUAAGUGUCAUCUGUUGUUUUGUAUAAAUAUCCUCUGUAUCUCUUACUCACUGGUCUUUCGUGAAUUAAUACUGUACUGCUAUCAACAUCACUACAGUAAGUGACAAUAUUAAGAAUAAAAAUGGGCUGAUCAAAGUAA